UUCCCGAACCCGUUCAAUAUACCGACACCCAUGUCCAAGAUAUUAAAAAAUGUUUUAAUAUCAUUUCCGUAAAUUUAAUUUCACGAUCCGACGGUUCUGUUCCCUAUAACCCUUCCAAAUCUAAAUCACGACCAUUCGCUCGAAUCCUGACCCCACACCUUCCUCUACCAUCUUAUCACCUACACAUCUGCAUCGUCACAGUUCACACACACUCCCCAAGAUCUGAACUCAACACAUUACUACUUUUUACUACAAACACCCAAGCACAGAGCUCUUCUUUUUUCUUCAGUCCAUCACCCCCUGUUUUUGCGGCAAAGAAUCAGAACUCAGAAGAGCUUUUAAACAAAUUACAAAAAAGUUCGAAUCUUUGGUGAUGGUGGAGGCACAGUCAUGGACGACAAGAAGGGGCAGCAACCCAAGGUUGGAAUCUACCGACCAAGUACUAGACAUCCCAAUUACUCCAACUGCUGAAAUCAAACAUCAGCAAGGAUCAUCCUUGAUCUCUCCAACUGUAGUCACUGCGCUUAUUAUAGCCUCAUGGUACUUCUCCAACAUUGGUGUUCUUUUGCUUAACAAAUACCUUCUCAGUUUCUAUGGUUACCGUUACCCAAUUUUCCUAACCAUGUUACACAUGGUUUCCUGUGGGAUUUAUAGUUUAAUUGCCAUAAAAUGGUUGGAAAUCGUCCCUUUUCAGCAAAUUCACAGUCGGAGACAGUUCUUCAAGAUCCUAGCUUUAUCUGCUAUUUUUUGCUUCUCUGUGGUGUGUGGUAAUACUUCUUUGAGGUACUUGCCAGUGUCGUUCAAUCAAGCAAUUGGUGCCACAACCCCUUUCUUUACAGCCAUUUUUGCUUUUGUUAUCACUUGUAAGAAGGAAACUGCAGAGGUUUAUUUAGCACUGGUCCCUGUGGUCCUUGGGAUUGUUUUGGCAAGUAAUAGCGAGCCAUUGUUUCAUCUUUUUGGGUUUUUUAUGGCACUAGGAUCCACUGCUGGGAGAGCCUUAAAAUCUGUGGUUCAAGGCCUGUUGUUGACUUCUGAAGGAGAGAAAUUGCAUUCCAUGAAUCUGUUGUUGUACAUGGCUCCAAUGGCUGCAAUGAUUCUGCUGCCCUUUACACUGUAUAUUGAAGGGAAUGUGACUGCUGUUACAAUUGAGAAGGUUAGAGUUGAUGGAUUCAUGGCAUUCUUGUUGAUUGGGAAUGCUACAGUUGCUUAUUUGGUGAAUUUGACCAACUUCUUGGUUACAAAGCAUACCAGUGCUUUAACAUUGCAAGUUUUGGGAAAUGCCAAGGCAGCAGUUGCGGCUAUUGUGUCAGUUCUGAUCUUUAGGAAUCCGGUCACUGUGAUGGGGAUGACUGGUUUUGCAGUGACAGUGAUGGGGGUGGUGCUUUACAGUGAAGCUAAGAAGAGGUCUAAAGUUACAGCUCAUUGAUUGCAAUCAUGGUAUCUCUGCUUGAGGCAGAACAAUACAGGGUGGUGAGGCUCCUUUUUCAUUGCUCUUUGCUUUUGGUUGAUUUUUGGUUCUCAAUUGGUUCAUUAAUUGUGGGAUCAAUAGGAAAGAUGUUUCACUCAUUCAUUGUAUAGGAAGAUGGGGUGGGGGAAAAAAGGGGGAUUAGAAAUAUCCUUCUUCUUUCUCUUUUUUCUCUUUUCUGCUUUACACAAUUUGUUUCUUCCUUCAUAGGGGUGGUUUUUGGAGAAUAAAAAAAUUCUCCUUUUUCCAUCCCCUUCUUGUAACUUUAUAUAAAUUUCUUAUGAAAUUUUACCACACAAAGAAAGAAAGACUAAUUCUUUAACAUCGGUUGAAUUCAUGGGGGAAAAAUAUUAUCCCCAUUUGUUUCAAUUGUUAAAUUUGUAGUACUCUGUUCCUCGUUCUGCUGUCACUCCAGUCUUUACUUGUUUCUUAGUGUUGUGACUUGUGAUUUGAAGGGAUUGAAUAGAUCAUGUUUAAGUGAUUUUCAACACAAUCAGCUUGUCGAAUUAUCGAUAUCAAUGUUCAUUAAGCAAGAGAAGAGAAUGUUUGGUGAAGGCAUUAUUGGUGGGAAUUAGAGUAGGCUUGAUGAUACUAUUUAGAUGGGAGGUUGCGAUCAUGAAUGUUGCCAAAAAGGGAUUCUUUACCGAUUUGUAACUUGGCCACUUGAUCAAGAAAAUGUAUAUCUACUAUAUUUAUCAUACCAGGUGCAAUGAUGUUGGUUUAAUUAGUUUAAGCUAGUGUUUCUUCCACGCCACGUACGCUACUAGUUCUUCAAUUUACUAAGAGAAAUGCUGCUCACGCAACCGUGGGUUUUGUUUAAUGUAAAUUAUGUAAUGUUUGGUCAAAUUUGUCACACCAAACAAAACUGUUCUGAUUAAUUUGAGGAAAGAGACGUA